UGCUUCUCGUUCGCCUCUGGUUUAAAACUAGGGUUAGGCCACGAUUCUGUUUUACCCAAAAGCUCAUCUCCAUCGCCGUUUGGCUCUCUGAAAAAAUCAUCCUAUUAGUUUUUUCUUUGCUCGAUCUGUUCGAAUCUGUGAUUAUGGAGAUGGAGCGUGUUCACGAGUUUCCUCACACACACAUGGAUCGCCGUCCCCGAAAGAGAGCGCGUCUCGGCUGGGACGUGUUGCCUACAGCGCCUAAGGCUCAGGUAGGAAUGUUUUGUGGACAAGAGAUUGGGAAUUUGUCAAGCUUUGGAGCUCCUUCGGAGAUUAGUAGCUCUUCUCUUUCUGUUAAGACUGUUGCUCGUAAUGAUUCUCCCCCGUGGCGUGAAGAUGACAAGGAUGGACAUUACAUGUUUGAACUGGGAGAUGACUUAACCCCACGCUAUAAAAUAUAUAGCAAGAUGGGAGAAGGUACCUUUGGUCAAGUGCUAGAAUGUUGGGAUAGGGAGAGGAAGGAAAUGGUGGCAGUGAAAAUUGUUCGUGGAGUGAAGAAAUACCGUGAGGCGGCUAUGAUUGAAAUUGAGAUGCUUCAACAGCUUGGUAAACAUGACAAAGGUGGCAAUCGUUGUGUACAAAUUCGGAACUGGUUUGACUAUCGUAACCAUAUAUGUAUCGUAUUUGAGAAGCUUGGAUCAAGUUUAUACGAUUUUCUUCGGAAAAACAAUUAUCGCUCCUUUCCCAUUGAUCUUGUCCGUGAGAUUGGCUGGCAACUCUUGGAAUGUGUAGCAUUUAUGCAUGACUUGCACAUGAUUCAUACGGACCUGAAACCAGAAAACAUCCUCUUAGUCUCCUCAGACUAUGUGAAAAUUCCCGAGUACAAGGGUUCCCGAUUACAGAGGGAUGUUUCCUAUAAACGAGUACCUAAAUCAAGUGCAAUAAAGGUUAUUGAUUUUGGUAGCACAACUUAUGAGCGACAGGAACAAAGCUACAUUGUGUCAACUAGACAUUACAGGGCACCAGAAGUCAUUUUAGGACUUGGCUGGAGUUAUCCUUGUGAUGUUUGGAGCAUUGGGUGUAUCAUAGUGGAGCUGUGCACGGGAGAAGCAUUGUUCCAAACACAUGAAAAUCUUGAGCAUCUAGCGAUGAUGGAGCGUGUUCUUGGUCCGUUGCCUCAACAAAUGCUGAAGAAAGUGGACCGACACGCAGAGAAAUAUGUGAGAAGAGGUCGUUUAGAUUGGCCCGAUGGGGCAACCUCAAGAGACAGCCUGAAAGCAGUAUUGAAGCUUCCCAGGCUUCAGAAUCUGAUAAUGCAACAUGUGGACCAUUCGGCGGGAGAGUUGAUAAACAUGGUGCAAGGGCUGCUUAGGUUUGAUCCGGCGGAAAGACUAACCGCUCGUGAAGCACUGAGGCAUCCUUUUUUCGCAAGGAGAAGAUGACGACGUGACCUUGAAUUUGACGACGAGGAGUGUUGUAUAUAGUGAGAUGUAUGUUUGUAGUAGUAAAAACUAAAACCUUUACGAAAUGGUGUUACGUGACAACCCUCUACGAAUUCUGAUAUCAUUAAUUAAAACAAAUGCUUUGAAUCACUCUUUUUUGAAGUGAAGAGCGAUUAUUUGUCUAUCA